CCGGCGGCUGAAGUUCUGUCACUCGAUAGACGGAAGUCCCGCCCACCGCCGACAACGGAAGUCCGGUUCGCCGUCUCUCCAGGUUUCCUCGUGUCUUCCACCGCCGGCAUGGCGCACUACAACUUCAAGAAGAUUACGGUGGUGCCGUCUGCCAAGGAUUUUAUUGACCUGACAUUAUCCAAGACUCAACGAAAGACUCCAACGGUUAUUCAUAAACAUUAUCAAAUUCACCGAAUUCGACAUUUUUAUAUGAGAAAAGUCAAAUUUACUCAACAGAAUUACCAUGACAGACUAUCACAGAUUUUGACAGAUUUUCCCAAGUUGGAUGACAUCCAUCCAUUUUACGCUGACUUGAUGAACAUUCUCUAUGACAAAGAUCAUUACAAGUUGGCUCUAGGCCAAAUAAAUAUUGCCAAAAAUUUGGUGGACAAUGUUGCUAAAGAUUAUGUGCGGCUUAUGAAAUACGGUGAUUCUCUGUACCGCUGCAAGCAACUGAAGCGUGCUGCCCUUGGGCGCAUGUGUACUAUUAUCAAGAGACAGAGACAGAGUUUGGAGUAUUUGGAACAAGUACGUCAACAUUUAUCCCGCUUGCCAACAAUUGAUCCAAAUACAAGGACUCUACUUUUGUGUGGGUAUCCAAAUGUUGGGAAAUCCAGCUUCAUCAAUAAGGUGACAAGAGCAGAUGUGGAUGUUCAGCCCUAUGCAUUUACCACCAAAUCUCUGUUUGUUGGGCACAUGGACUAUAAGUACCUGCGCUGGCAGGUUGUAGAUACCCCAGGGAUUUUGGAUCAUCCUUUGGAAGAUCGGAACACCAUUGAAAUGCAGGCUAUCACAGCCCUGGCCCACCUCCGAGCUGCAGUUCUGUAUGUGAUGGAUUUGUCUGAGCAGUGUGGACAUGGGUUGAAAGAGCAACUCGAACUCUUCCAGAAUAUCAGACCUCUGUUCAUCAACAAGCCUCUUAUUGUUGUAGCUAACAAGUGUGAUGUGAAGAGAAUAACUGAGCUUUCUGAAGAAGAUCAGAAAAUAUUUAUAGACUUGCAGGCUGAAGGAUUCCCUGUCAUCGAGACCAGCACCCUGACUGAGGAAGGUGUCAUUCAGGUUAAAACAGAGGCUUGUGAUAGGCUUUUGGCUCAUCGAGUGGAAAUGAAAAUGAAAGGAAAUAAAGUGAAUGAGGUUCUGAACAGAUUGCAUUUAGCUGUGCCAAACAAGAGAGAUGAUAAGGAGAGACCCCCUUUCAUCCCAGAAGGAGUGGUAGCUCGAAGGAAAAGAAUGGAGAUUGCAGAGCCCAGGAAGAAGAGGGAACGAGAUCUUGAGCUGGAAAUGGGAGAUGAUUAUAUUUUGGAUCUUCAAAAAUACUGGGACUUAAUGAAUUCAUCCGAGAAAUAUGAUAAGAUACCAGAGAUCUGGGAAGGCCAUAACGUUGCUGAUUAUAUCGAUCCUGCUAUCAUGAAGAAACUGGAAGAAUUAGAAAAGGAAGAAGAGCUAAGAACAGCUGCUGGGGAGUAUGACAGUGACUCUGAAAGUGAAGAUGAGGAAAUGAUGGAAAUCCGACAGCUGGCAAAACAAAUUAGAGAAAAAAAGAAGUUGAAAAUUCUGCAGUCCAAGGAAAAGAAUACACAGGGACCCAGGAUGCCCCGAACUGCUAAGAAGGUUCAGCGGGCAGACUUGGAGAAUGAGAUGCGUAGUCUUGGUGUUGACAUGGAUGAUAAAGACAAUGCCCACUAUGCAGUCCAGGCAAGAAGAUCUCGGAGCGUCACUAGGAAAAGAAAACGAGAAGAAUCUGUGCCACCCUCUUCUAUAGCCCGGAGUCGUAGUUGCUCUCGAACUCCACGUGAUGUUUCUGGUCUUCGGGAUGUCAAGAUGGUGAAGAAAGCCAAGACGAUGAUGAAGAAAGCCCAGAAGAAGAUGAAUCGCUUGGGGAAGAAAGGGGAAGCUGAUAGGCAUGUGUUUGACAUGAAGCCCAAACACUUACUCUCUGGGAAGAGGAAAGCUGGUAAAAAGGACAGGAGAUAGUGUCCUCUUCAGUUGAUGUGCUUUGAUUGGACUUACUGUUUAUUUCUGUUAAAGAAACAAUGGGAAUGACUUAAAAAUACUUGUUGCUUUGCUGAAAACUGAUAAACCUGAUUGGAUGUGCAGUCUUGUGCUCACUGCAUAAUACAAAUGAUUGCUUCACAUUUGCAGGACUAAUUUUGUGGGAAAGUUUUAUUAGUAGCUGGGCAGUGGUGGUACAUGUCUUUAAUCCCAGCACUUGGGGGGCAGGGGCAGGUGGAUCUCUGAGUGCGGAAACCAGUCCGGUCUACGGAGCAAGUUCUAGGACAGCCCCCUCUACACAUAGAAACCCUUUUUCUAAAAGCCAAAAAAAAAAAAAAGUAAAGAUUUAUUAGUAUAAGUAGGCUGCUUUUGGUGGAGAAAAAUUUUAUUUUGUAGUGGAACUUGACUUUGUUAUCCAAAGUGCCUAUUUUUUUGUGAAGAAAGCAUCCCCAUUGGGGGAUGGGGGUGUAGCCUUUCUGAGGGCCUGGACACAGGCACUUUUAGGAGUGUGUCAGAACUUAAAUUACUCUCUUAAAUUAUUUUCUAGACCUUCAGUACAAUGUAUCAUUGUAACUUCAACCAAUUUAUCCAAAAUAAACCUCCAGCAAAAAUGCA